AUGGAUGAAAUAAAAAAUAUGUUAAUUAGCAUGCAUCAAGAUAUAAAGCAGCAAAAACAAGACAUGCUAGAGAUGAAAGAAGAUAUUAAAAGUAAAAUAAUUAACAGCCUCAGCGAGAAGUUCAAUAACUUAGAACUGAAAAAUGAGCUUUUGGAGAAAAAAAUUAAAGAGCAAUCAAAUAAAAUUAACAACCUAGAAAGACAGUGUAGACGUAAAAAUCUGAUUCUUUUUGGCGUUGAAGAGACAGAAAAAUCGUACGACGAACUGGAAAAAAUGAAACAGUCAAGCAAAAGAAACCUAUCAGAGUCCCCGGAGAAGCUCCACCCUGUUAACCAAAAUGUUCAACAGACUAGUAAACAACCACCUAAGAAAAAUAAAGGGGACAUGAAGAACUAUAUAACACAAAAGCCCAAACUAAUUCUCGCUCAUACAGAAUCAACUCAACGCCAAUCGAAGACAUCAGAGUACAACACAGAAUAG